AUGUUUUCAAGAUCACCCAAAGGAUCUUUUAUCAAGUAUAGUGUUUUCAUUGUUGGCGGAGGUUUGUUGGCUUAUGGCUCCGCGGAAUCCCUCGCAAGUUCCGAAACGUUUUAUAACAAAGCGGUAAUACCACUAAUUCAUAGACACAUUGAUGGCGAAACUGCACAUGAUUGCGCUAUUCGGUUCAUUUCCUGGGGCCUUCUACCUCGUUUUAGCAAUAGCCGAAAAGAAUAUCCAGAGCUGAAUUGCGAAUUUCUUGGAAAACAGCUGAAAAAUCCAAUCGGGUUGGCAGCUGGCUUCGAUAAGAACGGCCAGGCUAUUCGUCCAUUGGCUGAGUGGUCAGGUUUCGGUCUGAUCGAAAUUGGUACCGUUACCCCCAUCCCACAACAGGGUAAUCCACGUCCACGAGUAUUUCGUCUUCUGGAAGACGAGGCUCUUAUCAAUCGAUACGGUUUCAACAAUGAUGGGGUGGGUCGCGUUCAACAACGGGUGAAAGCUGCUCGAGACGAUUGGAAUGAUAAUCUUGCUAUGUUCGGUGUGAAUUUAGGCAAGAACAAGCUCUGUGAUGAGGCCAGAUUAGAUUACGAGAUUGGUGUUAACUAUUUUGCUGCAUAUAGUGAUUAUGUGGUCAUCAAUGUGUCUUCUCCUAACACUCCGGGUUUACGAUCUAUACAAAAGAAAUCUGAUUUACAAAAUUUACUCGCUUAUGUGAAACAUGCCAUUGAUGUCAUGGAAUUGAAUGUACGCCCAAAAGUGCUCCUCAAAAUUGCUCCUGAUCUCACAGAAUGCGAAAAAAAGGAUAUCGCUCAGGUAGUUAUGGAUUCGAAAUAUGGUGUUGAUGGUUUAAUAGUUUCGAACACAACUAUUGCUCGUCCGGAUACUCUACGGAGUAAGAAUAAAGAUGAAUCUGGUGGUCUCAGUGGAACGCCACUACGUGAGAUGAGCACUGAAUGUGUUCGAGAUAUGUACAGAUUCACCAACGGACGAGUACCCAUUGUAGGAUGCGGCGGUGUUUCAAGCGGCGCCGAUGCGUAUGAGAAGAUUCGAGCUGGGGCAUCGGUUGUGCAGCUCUACUCAGCGCUAGCGUAUCAUGGAUUUCCUGUUGUGGGAAAGAUAAAGCGUGAGCUAGCGGAAUUACUGAGACGAGACGGCUACACAAACAUUAGUCAAGCGGUAGGUGCUGAUCAUAGGAUAUGA